GAUGGACGAACGGCACUGCACUAUGCAGCAGCACUGGCUGGCAACCCAAUCUGCAGUAGUGAAAGCUUUCAUUUGUUGCUAGAGUCCGGGGCACAUGAACAUAUCGUAGAUGGAGAAGGUUACUUAGCAGACAAUUAUCGGCGCACGCCCAAUCUGCUAGAUAUGGAAGCGAUCAAGGAAAUGAAUAUGUGUUGGUUUUUGUUUUCGGGAUUGAUGCGAAUUCUCAGUGUGGUUAUGUUGCUUGAAGAAUGCUUACUGUGA